AGCUAUCAGUUUAACACAAUGCAGAGCUCCGUUACUUUGCUGCGAAAUAUGAUCUCCCUGCUCGCUUUACAGCAUGAUGUUGUAGCGCUUCGUUAGAGGAUCUGAUUUUGUUACCGUUUACAGUUUAGGUCGGUGGAAAAUAGCCUGGCCGCUUCCGUACAGCCGUCAUAAUGCAUCCGGUGCCUGUGUGCUCCGUCGGUGGUGGAGACAUAUUUGACUGUAUACAGAGAGGAAAUGUUGAACAGUGUAUACACUUCAUUCAAAAUUAUCGAUCAGUCCUCACGCAGAAAGGCUGGGGUGGUUUCACCUCGCUCCACUAUGCUGCCCUCCAUGGUAACCGUGCCCUGGUUGACCUUUUCUUAAGCAAUGGUGCUGACCCUAACAUGACAUGUGAUGCAGGACAGACAGCCUUUCAUUUUGCCUGCAGGCAAGGGAAUAUCUAUAUAAUUCACCAAAUGAUGCAUUAUGGAGCUGAUUUGCGCCUCAUAGACCUGCAGGGAAAAACAUCAUUGCAUCAUGCUGUCACUGGAGGCAACAUCAUUGCAGUGCACUAUUUGUGGGAGACUGGGAUGUUCCGGUUUUCAGACACAGACAUGUACCAGGUUACACCCCUUCACCUGGCUGCAUCCACUGGAAACACAGAGGUGGUCCGAUACCUGCUCAGAGACCAAAGAUGUGCUGUGGAGGCUGUUGACCAGCAGGGAGCGACAGCGCUUCAUGUCGCAGCAGAGAGAGGUGGUGUAGAGGUGUGCUGGACAUUGCUGCAGAGAGCAGGGUGCAGGAUGCUCCAUGAGAAGAACCACAGCGGCCUCACACCACUGGACCUCAGCAAGCAGGGGAAAACAUUUCGACAUCAGCAACUCACAAAACUACUGAGUCGGUACAUUAAUGAGCCAAUACACCACAAGCCCAGAGAGUCUCAUGUUUUGUAUUACUGGACACUGCUUUUUCCAACUCUGAGUGGAGCUGCCAUUCUGCUGAUAGCAGCCAUGUUGGGAGGCUACGGUGGGCUAAUCUGUGGCUUACUCUUCCCCUGGCUGGCCAGAAGCAUCUUCAUGCAGUACCACCGCAUGACCACAUACCAAAGGUUACCCAACCCAAUCUACUUGGGAACCCUCAUAGCCGGCAUAGUCCAUUCCUUGCUCUGCUUCUAUGGAAGAAUAAUGCCUAGUGUAUGGCCAACCAGCGCCCUGGUCCAGGUAUCAAUGGUCCACUUCUCCCUAGUCUUUGGUUUGUUCUGUAAGGUUCUGACUCAGGACCCUGGGACAUUGGACAGAGCAGAUGCAGAUCCUCGGUUCUCCUGUAUCGCUAACCUAGUGGAGAACAACCAGAGCCCUCAUAGGUUCUGCCCGUACUGUGAGUUGUUUCAGCCUGACAAUACUAAACACUGCAAGCUAUGUGAGGUGUGCAUCAAGGACUAUGACCACCACUGCCUUUUCCUCAACCGGUGCGUUGGCAGGGGUAACCAUCGUCUCUUCCUCGUCUUCAUCCUAUCCAUGGUGACAGCGCACCUUCUUUUUGUUGCCACGGCAACGAGCUACCUGUACAAAAUGUCUGCUGGCAGGCAUAGCUUGUCAUUGGGGCUCACACUGUUGGGGGAGGAGUUCUGGGUCGUGGUCAUGAUGAUUAUGAAUGCGCUGACACUCCUGUGGGAGGUGUGGCUACUGACCGAGCAGUUUGAUUCCAUCGCCAUGGGAACGACCACCUAUUUUAAACACUAUGAAAACUCGAAAACUGUGCGACAGAGGUUACCGGGACAGCGUUGGGUCACAGUACUGUCGUUUCUGCUGGAGGGACAGAGAUGGCGGGGCAGCGGACACACAAGGGAGGACAAAACUGCCAUAGACAUUUAACACAUUUAUCAGUUUGUGUUGUUUGUGUUAUCACUUACAAUUAUAGUUAAACAGUUUACAAAAUCAUCUGUGUGCACUCAGAUUUGUGAUAGUGUCCUCUUUAGAUUGAAUAAUUCUCUAACACCAUAUAACAUGUUGUACUUGAAUGUAAAAUUUGGUUACAUUCUAAUAUAUUUUAAUAUACAAUAGGCUAUAGAGUAGAUAUAUCUGCAGUUUUGUGGCUAGCUAAGAGUUAAGACUAGUUUUUUGUGCCCUCACAGAACACUUUAAGAUAGUAGUAUUAUUAAUGAACUUGUUGGUUUACAUUGUUCUGUAUAAAAUACUGGAUAUUUCUAGAACUGUGUUUUAGCAGGGAAUGCCUCUGAGAACACUGCUCAUAUUGACACCUGUUUUUAUAUUCCACAUCAGUAUAUUUUUUAAAUCUUCCUUGAAAGUGUGAUAUGGUGUAAAGCAUAGUUCAUAGUUGCAAAGAUUUCAUAACAUUAGCUUGCACUGUGGUUAGCUGGCAAUGAUAGUUAAUAGCAGGUAUUGGAAGACUUUGUUCCAAACAUAAUGUCGUUACAUGUCUGACUUGCUCCCUGUCAUUUGUACGUAACAUGACUCUUCCUCUGCUCUCACUAAUGGGACUCUUUUCAUGCCUCCAAUUACAAACACUCAUUUCCUAUGUGUCCCUGACGACCAUAUUUCUAGAUUAUAGAUGAUGUUCUCCACACCCCUUAGAGUCUGGUGUGUCUGGAUUAUGUGAGCAGCUACAUCAUGUGAUAUAAAUUAGUUUCUACAGUACUGCCUCUAUUAUACAUAUGGAUAAGUUAAGAUGAAUGCAUGUAAACCUUAGAAAAUGAGAGUAUAUAUUGUAUUUCUCUGUUACUGGAUCACUGGCUGCCACUUGUUGAUAUUCUAAUAUAUUUUAACAUGUACCAAUGUGUUUUAUUUGUGUUGACACAGUAUAUUUAGGUUUCCAGGAUAAUACCUCAUAUUUGUGCCAUGAUGUUUUUAUGCUU